AUGCUGCAGAAGUAUGUCAGAUCUUGUGAUCGGAAUCCGGAGACCGUGGACUGCAAGAACGCAAUCAAAGUCAUAGUGGAAAUCAACCCUCAUGAGCUGAGGGAUGUUGAUGACAAGAAAGACGAGUUCAGUGUUGUUUUCGUGUUGCGAUUCCGCUGGCUCGACCCGAACCUCAAGAACAUCGAGACCAUCCUCAAGUUGAAGGAUGGACGCGAGCUGAAAGGACGCAUACAGAGGUUGGACCAAACCGGAAAGAUCACGUUCAUCACGGAAGUGGGCGAGACCAAGUCUUUGAAGCGGGAGGAUUGCAGCGCAAUUGAACACGAACGCAAUCCUGACUGGAGCAAACAGUUCUUCCCGGACUUCAGCUUCCUCAAUGUUCGGUUCACCAAUGAGUAUCCGAUAACGAUCUUUGAGCGCUAUCAAAUGGAGUGGAGUGAUGCCGAGCAAGGAUCUUUCCUGCGCUGGGAAAAGAAGUAUGAUGCGAUUUUCACUGAUGACCUCGACUUGCGUAGGUACCCGAUCGAUCGGCAGCUCUGCAGGAUCAGAAUCACGGCAGAAAGGCCGGUUGAAGAGUACCAGUUUGCCAUGUCGAGUCACAGACUAGUCGGAGUACGUAGAACCUGUGAGAGCUUCAAGGUGGACCAGGACAUCCAACGCAGAUGCACAAGUUAUGUACGUUGGGCCGAUGCCGAGAUUCCUUUCAAGACACAGAGAUCAAGAAUCCACGUCCUGUUCCACUUGGAACGCCGAGGUGGGCACUUCUUCAAGAUCGUUGUGCCCAACAUGAUGUUUGUGACUUUGAUGGCAUUCCUGGCUUUCGUCCUCCCAAUUGAGAAUGCUGAUGGAAGCCUGGCCCUGACAAGCGCCUGCUUCCUGGCGGUUUUUGCCCAGCGCUACAUCAUCAGCGACGAUUUGCCCAGGAAGACGUUCUUGACGUUGGCCGACACGUACUUUCUAGCGACCAGCUUGCUCUACGUUAUGAUCAGCAUCUCCAUUGCUGUUCUUGUUUUGGCAAGGAACCUUGGCGACGAGAAUCCGGAGAAUGCUGGUCUUGCUGAACGGAUAAACCGGAAAAAAAGCUUGUGUGGCCUAGCAUUGUUUCUCCUUGCCAUUAUUUUCAAUAUCUGGCUGAUCGGGAAGUGGCUCCGCAAGUGGGGCUUGGAGGGCUGGGCGGCAAUCUACCUGGCCAAGCAGGAGCCAUAUGCCAUGAUCGACGAGUGCCAGAGGUGCCUGAGCAAAUGGCCGGGCAAACAAUGCCUUCCGCAUGAGAUCGGGAUUUGCAAGGUUUGCCGGCAUGAGAGCGUCGUCACCCGCCACUUCAAAACCCCGGAGGACAUGGAUGAAUUGGUGCCAUCAGUACGGCAGUUGCCCAUUCCAUAA